AUGAGAGAUGAGCUGACGAACCAGCGAGCUUCGCGCGCGCGUGUGUGUGUUUGUGUGUGUGAUAGAGAGAGAGAAGCAAACCGCGUCGCGACAGCAGCGUCAAAAGUUGCUCCCACCACUUUAACAACAGUUUGGGUCCCACGCUCGCGCUCUUUAGAUAAAUAUUUAUCUUUUUUAAUAUAUAUAUUUGACGCACUAUUGGCCGAGAAGAUGGGCAUCGAGCAACGGAAGCUUUCGAACGGGGAGACGCACCUCGACGAGCCCCUGGCCAACGGAACGAGGAGCCCCGACCGGGGCGACCGGGGCCCGCUGUCCCAGCGCGUGAAGAGGAUCGUCAUGGCCAACCUGCUGGUCAUCCUCACCGUGGCCGGCGUCAUCGUCGGCGUUUUCAUCGGACUCGGCGUGCGCCACGCCGCGCUGACCCGGACCCAGGUGAUCUACGUGGGCUUCCCCGGGGAGCUGCUCAUCCGGCUGCUGAAGAUGAUCAUCAUCCCGCUGGUCGUGUGCAGCCUGGUGUCCGGCUCCGCCAGCAUCGACCCCAAAGCCCUGGGUAAACUGGGCGGCUGGGCCAUGCUCUUCUUCCUGGUCACCACCUUAAUCGCCUCGUCCAUCGGGGUGGUGAUGGCGUUCAUCUUGGCCCCGGGGUCGGGCUCCGUGUCCAAGCCCAGGGUGCAGGGCCUGGAUGGCGACGUGCCCGUCGCCAAAGAAGUGAUCGACUCCUUCUUGGAUUUGGUCAGAAACAUCUUUCCCUCCAACCUGGUGUCUGCUGCCUUUCGAUCAUACGCGACCAGCUACAAGCUGGUUACCAAAAACGGCACGGACGGAAACCUCACCGUCGCCGUGGAGAAGGUGCCCUUUGGAACCGACCAGGACGGCAUGAACAUUCUCGGCCUGGUGGUGUUUGCCAUCGUGUUCGGCGUGGCUUUGAGGAAGCUGGGCGAGGAAGGAGAGCUGCUCAUUAAGUUCUUCAACUCCUUUAACGAGGCCACCAUGGUGCUGGUCUCCUGGAUCAUGUGGUACGCCCCCGUUGGGAUCAUGUUCCUUGUUGCCGGCAAGAUAGUGGAAAUGGAGGAUGUUGGCAACCUAUUUGCGAGCCUGGGAAAAUACAUCGCCUGCUGUGUCAUCGGUCACGCCAUCCACGGCCUUCUCGUGCUGCCCGCCAUCUACUUCGUCAUAACGAGGAAGAACCCGUACACCUUCCUCUGGGGCAUAUUUACAGCUCUGGCAACGGCCUUCGGAACGAGCUCCAGCUCUGCCACUCUGCCCCUGAUGAUGAAGUGCGUGGAGGAGAACAACGGCGUGUCCAAGCACAUCAGCCGCUUCAUCCUGCCCAUCGGCGCCACCGUCAACAUGGACGGAGCCGCGCUCUUCCAGUGUGUGGCAGCCGUGUUCAUCGCGCAGCUGAACGAAACGUCCCUUAACUUCAUCCAAGUCAUUACCAUCCUCGUGACAGCUACAGCAUCAAGUGUUGGCGCGGCUGGCAUACCUGCUGGUGGCGUGUUGACCUUAGCCAUCAUCCUGGAGGCGGUGGGACUGCCCACCAACGACAUCUCGCUCAUCCUGGCUGUCGACUGGCUUGUCGACCGCACAUGCACAGUGCUGAAUGUGGAGGGCGACGCCUUCGGGGCGGGCCUCCUGCAGCACUUUGUGGACCGCGGGUCCAAGCAAGAGGAGGCAGUAGAGCUGAGCGAAGUCCGGAUGGAGGGAAAUCCGUCGGCGGCGGCCCCCGAGCACUCGCCGCUCAUUGAGAAGCGGCACAAGGACGGCGCAGGAGGUGACGCGUAGUCGCUCACGUGAUCCAGCUGCUGGCACCGUGAAUGACGCUCUUGACAUAUUUUAUACAUCCCUGCAAAACCAAAACGUUCUUUUUCUUUCUACAUUUGUUACCUAUUGACUCCCCAGGCACCAAUUUUGUAAACUGAUAUUUACCACUUUGUCCACUUUUCUGGUGCAACACGUGACAAUGUCUGACUUGAGAUGUUGGCGAGGACCACACAGCUCGCUGCGCCCAGCCCAUGUUACAAAGACCGUUUUUAUAUUCUCCAUCUGGACUUUUUCUUUUUUUUUUAUUUCAAUGUUCUUCUACAGGAUGUUGUGGAAUGUUUGGUCUUAAUACUUUGUAUGUGAACAUGAGUUAUUUUAUUAUAUAUUAUUAUGGCCACUUUCAUGCAGAUAGUACCCACAUAUUUAAACUGAAUUUUGUCAUAAGGGACAUUGAUUGUAGUCAAUACUGCAUAUAAAUAGCUUACAAUAUCUGUGUAACAAAAGGCACAAUAUUUUUUUGUAACUGCCCAAAGCUAAAUAAUGGAUUUUUUUCUUAAUGACACGAAUGGGUCAACACGCUGGGCUACUCGAUGAACCUCAGAGCCUUUCCGCCUUUUCUAAUGGACAUCAAUGCAAUCAAAGGCAAUGUAACCUCAGGUUCAACAACGGCUUAAGACUGUCCUCAAUACCCGCGAGACCAAAAAUCACGCAGACUCCACAAAAAGGCAGGAGAUUGUUGAAACUCCAGCUAACCUUGAAUGACGUGUGUGUGUGUGUGUGUGUGUGUGUCAUACCUUUUACUCAAGCUGUUGCGCUUUUGUUUGAUAUUUUAAAAUAUGAGUGACUUCAUGUGAGGUCUAAGAAGUAGGAGUCAUUCAGUACGAGAACGCCUCAAAGUUGACAGAAUAUCACCAGUGGACUGAUGACCCAUUUUGACUGUUGAUGCCCAAAGGAUUUAAUUGAAUGUCUCGACUUACAACUUUUUAUCUGGGUGUGAUGGGCGAGACAUUUUAGUUUUGGGUUGUAGGCCUCCUAUUGUAAGCUGGUGAUGCCUCAAAUCAUUAUUUGUUAAAUUCAUAUUUAUUUUGAUAAUCAAAAUCCUAAGACAAUUUUUGGACUUGUUAGUAGCUCCACUUUUUUCUUUUGUUUUUGCGAUCUUCAAUGUUUCUUGUAAUAGCUCGUUGGUGAAGGGCUUUUUAUUUUUAUUUUAUUUUUUUUAUUGAGUCCGCGUCUAGAUUUGUGUAUAAGUCGCUUCUAUUUAGUGACUCUUAAAAUUCCCUCUUGCAGCUUGCAGAGGUCCGUUAGAGAAACCUGAGAUGUGUACGGCUUUUUAGUGUGCGGUUGAUGGUAUGAGUUGUGUUGACUACCGUAGAUGGAGUCAAAAAUUGACACUUUCUUAAAUGAGAAAGUGUGUCCAUAUUUGUCUGGUACUGUAUAUGCAACACAUGUUAUGUAUGUUUAGCCAGUUACACUAUUGAAUGUUUAUCUAACAGUUUAAAGGUGUAUCAAAUCAACUGCUUUUGUGCUCAUAAUGUUGUUGUUUUAAACUAAAACCAACUCUUAAAAGAUGUACAUGGAACUGGUUUAGUAGUUAUUUCCAUGAUCAACAUCUAUGAAAUCAUUGUAGAACUGAGUCAUCCUUUCUACAUGUAUGUCAUAGGACAUUGUUGACCAUCGCUUCCAAACUGCUUUUUUUUAAAAAAAAUUUAAGGAAGUGAAAAUGUAAUCAUCCUCUGAAAAUUUACGCUGUAUGUUUGUCUUUUAUUUUUUGUGCAAAGGAUGUGUUGUAUAUUUGCACAUGUUAGCGAUCGAUAUUGCAGUUGGGCUACUUUUUUUAAAAACUUGCCCGGUUAGUCUGAAUUUACUCUCCUUGGGCGUUUAAGCAAUAAAGGCGUUUUUUUAAUAAAUUGGCUUUAUCUGUGGGCAUCGUUGUUCUAACCGUUUCACAGUGACUUGCUGCAAGCCGGAUGGCAACUUGCUUGUGAUGCUGUGCCGUCUCUCAGCGCUGUGGAUCCUUAUCCUAUUAAAAGGCAAAGGGAGGAUUGUGAGGGAUUUAGACGGCUGCUUUCCAAAUAAAAGACCAAACGAGCA